AUGUGACAGAGAGAGAGAGAGAGAGACAAAUACAAAGAGACACCUACAGCAAGCAGCAGCACAGCUGUUUGUGGAGGCGAGGCCAGGGGUGCAGGGCCCCUGACCCUCUGGCUCUCCUACCAUGAAGGGCAGACUUAAAGGUGCAUGGAUCCUCUCCAUGCUCUUGGCUGGCUUAUUUCAGCCCAACUUGGGACAGGAACAACAGAGGAUUUUGACAGGUCUCGAUAUACCUCACCAACAUGAGGAUACAAAAUCCUGUUUGCAUGUUCCUCUUCCUCGACCGACCCAAGAUCCAGCCAAGGUAGCCUGCUAUGACUCAAUUCAAGGAACAAUCUAUGAUUAUGGGGCUCUCACUUUAACUGAUGAAUACAUCCCUUUCCGGAAUUAUAUGGGGAAGUUUGUCCUCUUUGUAAAUGUGGCCACCUACUGAGGACUCACAUCACAAUACCUUGAACUGAAUGCACUACAAACUGCACUGGGAAAUGACCGACUCGUUAUCCUAGGCUUCCCAUGCAAUCAAUUUGGAAAACAAGAACCUGGACAGAACUCUGAAAUCCUUCCAGGACUAAAAUAUGUCAGACCUGGGGGAGGCUUCGUCCCCAAUUUCCAGAUCUUUCAGAAAGGCAACGUAAAUGGGGAGAAUGAACAGAGAAUUUACACCUUCCUGAAGAACUCCUGUCCACCUGUUGUGGAAAGCUUUGGUGACCCUGCAAAACUCUUCUGGUCACCUCUGAAGAUCCAUGACAUUAAGUGGAACUUUGAGAAAUUUUUGGUUGGUCCUAAUGGAAAGCCCUUGAUAAGGUGGUUUCACCGGACAAAUGUUGCCACUGUGAAGAAUGAUAUUCUAAGAUACAUGAGGAAAAACAACAUGGAUGGAUAGAUUCCAUACAAAUGAAGAUGGAUUCAAGGAGGAGAGAGAGCCUGCAGACAUAUCCAGACAUAUUCAUUUUCUUUGGUCAAACAACCAAUCAUCCAAAUGUCCUUUAUUCACAGCUAAAAUAAGGUUAAGAUAGAAUUCAUCCUAGAGGGUGCCAGUUCAUAUACUAAUAUUGCUGAAGUUUAACAUCAAAAUUCUUAAUCUUAACUGACAUAUUUCCAAGCAUAACUUUACAGAAGAAAGUUGAACUCGGUUUACUCCAGUGAUAGCUUUAAUUUCCACAGGAUGAAGAGAGUACUGAGAAACCAUUUUAGUAACUUCUGAUACUACUUCAAAAGUCUAAUACUAAAGUUGAGAGCAGCACAAGAACAAGAUAACGUUUUGGUUUUGCAUCUCUAGGAUAUUAUACUACUGAAGAAAAUUGGACACUAUUCCUCAUUUUCAUUAACAUAUUGAUGCAAAACAUACUCUACAAAUUUUAAAAACAACAAAAUUAAGAAUUUUUUAAAAAUUACAAGCUGUACAUUGACCCAUUGUGUCACAAUAUUAAAGUCAAUCUAGUUCAUUUUUAGCAAUUUAAACUCAUUCCCAACAUUAUGUGAACAUCAAAUACUACAUUCACUAAGAGUUUCCCACUUAAUUUUGUUGUUUUAAACUGCUAAGAUAUUUUGUUUUUAGCAACAAAUCCUUAGUCAUAACUCAGGCCGCGUUAUACUUGCUCAAAACCACAUUUCCAAGAGUCUCAUGGCACCUUUAAGGCUGUAGAUCUGUUGCAGGUCUUUGUCUGUAACAGACUAUGUCACAUCCUCAGCACACUCAUGUCUUCACCCACUGACCCUUAUGUACGAUCCUUACUAUCUUGGUUACACACAGUUCUAUUGAAAACAGGAUGACCCCUCCAAAAUAGAUGGAAUUAAUAUCCUUGGCAUCUCUGGAUAAAGUACAGUUUAUCUCCCUUCCUCAAAAUACAGAACAGACAUUCCAUGUAGAGAAUGUAUGAACUGGAAUUUCUCAAAUGAUUUUGUUUCUGAGAGCGGAGAGAAGAUGAGACAAAGGAUUUGGGGGCAAGGAAAAUGCAUCCGAAUGAUGGUUUGGUCUGAAAACUCGCUAAGAGUGGGACCUGGCCUAAGACUGCAAGGCAGUGGAGUAGUUCUUAAGUGCAUUCAGCUACUUCACUACAACCUGUGCAGAGAUGUAUUCCUUCCUAUUAACCCCAAGAUCCCAGCUUCUCUGACCUCCACAUCUACUGCCAAAUAAAAACAGCAAAUUCUCAAUGCA